AAACAGAAAAGUAAACACUUAUCCAAUUUGGCACAAACACUUCGAAGUAGCAUUCGCGAAAUGGUUGUGGAAUCAACAAUCUGGAUGAGGCGACUAAUGAUAGCCACCGCCACCACCACCACCACCACAACCUCUACCACUGUCUUCCGCCGCACCACCAACGCCACCGCCUCUCCGUCAUACUCUGUUUCCAAACCAUCACCGCCGCCACUUCUUUCUCCGAUAUUUCACCACCGCCGCCGUUCAUUUUCAACAUCCCCUGCUUCACAAACCUUGCACAAUCAAUCUUUUUCUUCUUUAGGAGUUGAAGAUGGUGGAAUUAAUUCUAAGGACUCUCAAAAAGUCAUUCUCAAAGGAAUGAGAUACCAAGAAUUCCAAAAUUGGGUCACUUCCCAAGGUUAUAGACCUGCUCAAGCUUUAAUGUUGUGGAAGUUGCUAUAUGGGAAUAAUUCAAAGAGUAUUUGGGCACAUUCAUGUGAAGAAUUGGAAGGUUUAAACAAAGAUCUAACGAUGAUGUUGAGUAAAUGUGCUAAACUGAAGGCAUUACAAGUGAAAGAUAUUAUUACGGCAUCCGAUGGCACUAGAAAGAUUCUGUUUAGAUUGGAUGAUGGAUUGGUAAUAGAGACGGUCAUAAUACCCAACAAUGACAGAGGAAGGAAUACGGUGUGUGUUUCAAGCCAAGUGGGAUGUGCAAUGAACUGCCAGUUCUGCUUCACUGGCAGGAUGGGUUUGAGGAGAAAUCUAACUGCAGCGGAAAUAGUAGAACAAGCGGUUUUUGCACGACGAUUGUUUACGGAUGAAGUUGGACCCAUAACAAAUGUUGUUUUCAUGGGGAUGGGAGAACCACUUCAGAACAUCGACAAUGUGUUAAAAGCCGCAGAUGUAAUGGUGGAUGAGCAAGGGCUUCAUUUCAGCCCCAACAAGGUUACCAUUUCAACCAGUGGGCUAGUGCCCCAGAUAAAACGCUUUCUUCGUGAGUCUAAAUGUGCUUUAGCCGUUAGUCUGAAUGCUACAACUGAUGAAGUUAGGAACUGGAUUAUGCCCAUUAAUCGGAAGUAUAAUUUGAAUGUACUUCUUGAAACCCUCCGUGAAGAACUCCACUUGAAGCAUAAAUACAAAGUCUUAUUUGAAUAUGUGAUGCUUGCUGGAGUUAAUGACAGUAUUGAUGAUGCAAAAAGGAUUAUUGAUCUUGUUAAGGGCAUUCCUUGUAAGAUUAACCUCAUCACAUUCAACCCGCAUAGUGGGUCAUACUUCCAACCCACAACGGAUGCAAAGAUGGUCGAGUUUCGAAACAUCCUGGCAGAGGGAGGUUGUGUUGUGUUAAUGAGACCAAGUAGAGGAGAUGACCAAAUGGCUGCAUGUGGUCAAUUGGGAAACCCGGGUGAGUUUCAAGCUCCUUUGCUUAAAGUGCCGCCAAGAUUUCAAGCCUCGUUGGAGCCAUCUAUAUAACUCUUGUAACUUGUACAUAUUAGGAGUAAACACAGAGGAUUUAUUGGGAAUAGUUGUAUUCGUUUGGGUCUUUGGUUGAAAUACGUUUGGGUCUUAACAUGUACUUUUUCUACAGGUUAAAAUCGAUCAAGUUGGGUUGAGCUGA